AUGGUGUCGCAGCUGAUCAACGCCAAUCCGGUCGUCUACGAGAUAAAGGAUCGCCCCGCGCGGGUCCGACAGCCGGCCGAGGAGGACGAGUACGGUGCCGACCCCAUCGACCAGCAGGAGAUUUUUGAUAUCCUUUCCACGGUGGUCGUGGUUCGCCGUGUUAAUUUCACCUGGUUUCUCCUCCAGCAUAAGAUCUUUGAGUUGCACGGUGUUAAUCGAUGGAAAAAAAUCCUUGCACUCUAUUGGAUAUGAAGUAAUUCAUUGACAUAUGUGUGGGGAUCUUCUCGGAAGAGUCGUGUUCUGCUCGUGGUGCGUCGUGUGGACAUAUUACUGCAUUGAUUUAGAAGCUUUCCGAUCUCAUUAUCAAUUGAUUUGGAUUCGGAAGAUCCGAUUUCUUCACGUUAAAAAAUAAUAAUAUUUUCCGACCGCACAUAUGAAAUGGUGUUAGGGUUCAUUUGGGGUAAUUUUAUAUGCUCACAGGCUUUUUCGUAUAGAAGGUGCUGUGUUUCCUUGACAGGCUUAAAUCAUAUCAGGGAUAUAAAAGAUCCUGAGCAUCCUUACACUCUGGAAGAAUUGAAAGUAGUAUCAGAAGAUGCAAUUGAUGUGGACGACAAGCAAAGUCAUGUCAGGUAUGGUGAUGUCUCCUGGGACAUUUUAAGGAAAAAAAAAUUCGUCGCUCUAUCUUUUCCCCGCUUAGAAGCCUCUACUACGUAACAGUGAUUGAUAUUUUCUGGUUCAGGGUCACUUUUACUCCUACUGUUGAGCAUUGCAGUAUGGCAACAUUAAUUGGCCUUAGCAUACGAGUCAAACUAAUGCGAAGUUUACCGUCUAGGUUCAAGGUACGCAGUUCAUUUCCCCAGAUUCCUACCUUCCUUAGAAGAUCACAACAGCUCAUAUCCUCUGCUUCUUACCGCUAUCUUUGUGUGGUAUAUUCUUGAAAAUUUCAUAAAUUUAUUUUGGAAACCCUGGAUUCUUAGUCCAGAUUAUUUGUUACUAUCUCAUAGGAGAGACGUUAGAUUGGGUAUGCCAGUAUCGUCUCCAGAGAUGAAAGGCAUUCGGAACAGUGAAUAUUUUUUAAUUUGUUAUUAUUAUUAUUUCCAUUAGGUUUAUGCCACAAUUUAUCCAGCACGAGCCAUGUGAUUUCAAGAAGACCGUGUUCCUGUGGGUGGUUUAUUUUUGAAUUUGGUAUAAGUUUUGGUGCUGGAACUAUCUUUUAUCGAUCGAUUUGACUUUGAUUACAUGCAUGAGAUGGAGAGGAUCAGUGUCAAAGGGGGAAAUCAUCGAAGGAAUGGUGUUUAAAAAAUAUAAACUGAAAAACUUAUAAGUUGAGGGAGAUUUUUAAGUUGCUCAAGUCCUGUUAGAAGGAAAAACAGGAUAAUGCAGGCUGAAAAAUCAUGGAAUCAUAUGAAAAAGAUACCAUGAGAAGGUGCGAGAAUGAUCGAUCUCAUACUCUUAAGGUUCUUAAAGGAUUUUCAUUCAUGGAGCAGAAUUUUUUACCCAGAUCUCCUACAAGCUUAUAAUUCCUAAUAUGAUUAAGCUUAUAGUUCCUGUUUUUGAUGCCCCUUCUGUGGGAUUGAAGGUGUCUGGGUUUCCUAGUACGGAAAUCCGCUGUUUUAUGCCAAAAAUAGUGAAAAAGUAUACAUGUCAGCCGUAUUAUGAUCCAGGGUGUACAUAUCUCAUUGGAAUUACCUGAACGUUUCCCAAUAUAUGCCGUAUGAUCCUAAUCAGUUAGGUAAGUAAUCUGUGAUUUAGGAUAAUUCUAACUAUUAUUCAGUUCAUCUCGAUUUGAGACGAUUGAUGUUUUUUCUGGAUGGUUGUGGGUAAUGAUUAAUCGUUCUGUCCCUUUAAGGCAUUUGACCGAACGCUGACUUUACUUGCAGGUUGACAUCCGGGUCGCACCUGGGACGCAUGCCACCGAAGACGCCGGUACUUAGAAUUCUGCUCACUAGCUGGUCCAAAGCUGCUGGAAAUGUGUCAAAGAUCCUUUUUUUUUGGCCAAAUCUGGAACUAAACUUGGCUCAUUUUGACUCUGCAGUGAACAAACAGUUGAACGACAAGGAGCGGGUUGCCGCCGCCCUUGAGAACCCUAAUCUCGUGGAUAUGGUCGAGGGCUGCCUCUCCAAGACGUAUCUUUGA